AUGGCGACAGGGCACCAUAACAUGGUGUGGGAAGUGAAGACAAAUCAGAUGCCUAAUGCAGUACAGAAACUCCUGCUGGUAAUGGACAAGAGAGCUUCAGGAAUGAAUGACUCAUUGGAGUUGCUGCAAUGUAAUGAGAAUUUGCCAUCCUCACCUGGAUAUAACUCCUGUGACAAGCACAUGGAACUUGAUGACCUUCCUGAACUUCAGGCUGUUCGGAGUGAUCCUACCCAAUCUGCCAUAUACCAGCUAAGUUCAGAUGUUUCACAUCAAGAAUAUCCAAGACCAUCUUGGACCCAGAAUACCUCAGACAUAUCGGAAAAUACUUAUGGUGAAAAUGAGGUGGACUGGCUGACAGAGUUAGCAAAUAUCGCCACCAGUCCACAAAGUCCACUCAUGCAGUGCUCAUUUUACAACAGAUCAUCUCCUGUACACAUCAUAGCUACUAGCAAAAGUUUACAUUCCUAUGCACGCCCUCCACCAGUGUCAUCCUCUUCGAAGAGUGAGACAACCUUCCCUCAUCACCACUGGAAGGAGGAAACACCAGUAAGACAUGAAAGGGCAAAUAGUGAGUCAGAAUCUGGCAUUUUCUGCAUGUCCUCCUUGUCAGAUGAUGAUGAUUUGGGAUGGUGCAAUUCCUGGCCUUCAACCAUUUGGCACUGUUUUUUGAAAGGAACUCGACUGUGUUUUCAUAAGGGAAACAAUAAAGAAUGGCAAGAUGUUGAAGAUUUUGCCAGAGCUGAAGGCUGUGAUAAUGAAGAAGAUCUCCAAAUGGGCACUCACAAGGGCUAUGGUUCUGAUGGUCUAAAGUUGUUAUCACAUGAAGAAAGUAUAUCGUUUGGUGAGUCUGUACUGAAGUUAACUUUUGAUCCUAGUACAGUAGAAGAUGGCUUACUUACCAUAGAGUGUAAGCUGGAACAUCCUUUCUAUGUUAAAAAUAAAGGUUGGUCAUCAUUUUACCCAAGCUUGACUGUGGUGCAGCCUGGCAUCCCAUGUUGUGAAAUUCACGUGGGUGACAUAUGUCUACCUCCUGGACACCCUGAUGCCAUUCAUUUUGACGAUUCAGGUGUUUUUGAUACAUUUAAAAGCUAUGACUUCACACCUAUGGAUUCUUCUGCAGUUUAUGUGUUAAGCAGUAUGGCUUGUCAACGUCGUGCAUCUUUGUCUUGUGGAGGACCUGGUGGUCAAGACUUUGCAGGAUCUGGAUUCAGUAAAAACUGUGGCUCACCUGGAUCAUCACAGCUCUCUUCUAGUUCUUUGUAUGCUAAGGCUGUCAAAAACCACAGCUCAGGGACUGUGAGUGCCGCUUCUCCUAAUAAGUGCAAAAGACCAAUGAAUGCCUUCAUGCUUUUUGCCAAAAAAUACAGAAUUGAAUAUACUCAGAUGUAUCCAGGGAAAGAUAACAGGUAAACAUAAU